AGUCUGCGAUCUGACGUGUGCUGUCAGAUUCGGUGGUAAAUGACUCAUUGCAGUAUGCUGUAUUUACCCAAAUCCACUCCAAGUCUUGCAGAACUGUCUCUGUGUUGGAGCUUGUGCUACUGUCUCUGUCCAGCUGUCGUCCCACAAAACUCGCUUCCAUCUAAACAUCUCUCACCAGUGAAGUUCUCCCCGACCAGAGGCUGACCCCGGAGGAAUCUGCUGAUAUGGGAGCUUUCCGACUGAGAUAAUUAUCUGGACAUUGUAUUCUGUGGAGAUUGCUUGAAUUUCCUGACGCAGUUUGGAGUUAACAUUCUCUGUGUGCUGCAGCUGAGGAAAAAUGACUGGAAACCAUCCACUCGCCCCAAUGAUUUCAUGGGUCAUCAUUCUGACUGUGUUCCAAGCUGCAGCGCCUCAACGUGCAUCCCCUCGAGGACCCAGACCAAUACCUGGGCGAGGUGACAGUCAGGGACCAACACCAACCCUGCUGCCACCUGAGCCCACACCAAGACCAGAAGGUUGUGAGACAACGAUCAUCGACUGCCCCAUCAAGCUGUUUUUCACCAUUGACACCUCAGAGACCAUUGCCCUGCAGGAGCCUCCCCCUGGCAGUCUGGUGGAGAGCAUCAAGGAGUUCAUGAAGAUAUUCGCCCAGAAACUUGAAGAUGAGGAGUACAGGGGCCAGAUCCAGAUCACUUGGUCUUUUGGGGGCUUGCACUUCUCUCAGAAGCAGGUGGUCUUCAGUCAGUUCACGACCAGACAGAGCUUCAUCAGGAAUCUUAGUCAGAUCAAAUACCUGGGCAAAGGCACUUACAUUGACUGCGCCCUCAGAAAUAUGACCCACCAGAUGACAUACCACUACUCAGGGACAAAAGCUGUCCUCUUCUCCGUGGUCAUCACAGAUGGUCAUGUGACAGGGAGUCCGUGUGCAGGGAUCAAGGCGGCAGCAGACAAGGCUCGGGAUCAGGGGAUCCAUAUUUUUUCAGUAGCAGCCUCCAGUAGCAUCGAUGAACAAGGGAUGAAUGAGAUAGCCAGCUCGCCUAUUGAGGUGUAUCGGGACAAUUACAUAGUCAUGGAAAUUAUUGAUGGAAGACCAAGAAUGAACACUGACACGAUUGAUCAGAUCAUCAAAGUCAUGAAAUAUCAAGCCUAUCUACAGUGCUAUAAACCUACAUGCCUGGCGGUUCCUGGUAACCCCGGACGAAAAGGACCCUCGGGUCCAAAAGGUGGGAAAGGUGACAGAGGCAAGACAGGACAAAAAGGUGAUAAAGGUAACCAGGGUGAUCCUGGGAUUGAAGGUUCAAUUGGACAACCUGGUCUAAAGGGAGAAAUUGGUUUUAAAGGUGAAAAGGGUGAAGUUGGAUUAAUUGGAGCAAAGGGCGUGGCGGGUUCACCAGGAAGGAACGGAACAGAUGGACAAAAGGGUAAAAUCGGCCGAAUUGGAGCUCCUGGCUGCAAAGGUGAACCAGGUGACAAGGGACCAGAUGGACACCCAGGCGAUGCUGGUGACUCUGGAUCAUCUGGAGAAAAAGGAGAAAAGGGGGACACAGGUCUCCCUGGAAAGCCAGGCCCCCCUGGCCCUGUGGGUAGUCAAGGACCAAAGGGUGAAAAUGGAAAUCUUGGAAAUCCAGGACCACCUGGAGUAAGAGGGGAUCCUGGGCUCAUUGGCAGACCAGGACCAAAGGGCGAACUGGGUAGGAGAGGAGAUCCUGGAUUGAAGGGGACACCAGGACCUGAUGGGGUCAAAGGAGCAAAGGGAGAUCGAGGACCACCAGGGGACAGAGGUCGACCAGGGGAGGAUGGAUUUAAGGGUGCUAAGGGAGGCCAAGGACUACCAGGACCAAGAGGUCGGUCAGGAGAACCAGGCAGCGCUGGAGGAAAUGGCACUGUGGGAACUCCUGGAGACCCUGGAUCAAGGGGAGACCCUGGACCACCUGGACCACAAGGAGACAAUGGAAGACCAGGAUUCAGUUACCCAGGAUCAAGAGGACCAACAGGAGACAGAGGGGAUCCGGGCAGGAGAGGACCCAGAGGGGCCAGAGGUGAAUGCGGAGCCAAAGGCAAGCCUGGAGAUAAAGGAGUGCCAGGAGAGCCUGGGGAACCAGGCCAGCCAGGAGAGCCAGGAGAGAGAGGAUCCCGAGGAGGGCCUGGACAAAAUGGGGAUCCAGGACCAGCUGGGGAUCCUGGGCUCACUGACUGUGAUGUUAUGACGUACAUCAGGGAGACAUGUGGUUGUUGUGACUGUGAGAAGCAAUGUGGAGCUCUGGACAUUGUCUUUGUAAUCGACAGCUCUGAGAGUGUUGGGCUGACCAACUUCACCCUGGAAAAGAACUUUGUUAUCAACACCAUCAACAAGCUGGGAUCCAUGGCCUCUGACCCCACAUCACCAACUGGUACAAGAGUUGGAGUUGUGCAGUUCAGCCAUGAUGGAACCUUUGAAGCCAUACGUCUCGAUGACGCGUCCAUAAACUCCAUGUCUUCAUUUAAGACAGCAGUGAAGAAACUACAGUGGAUUGCUGGGGGCACAUUUACACCCUCUGCACUCAAGUUUACCUACGAUAACCUGAUCAGGGACAGCAAGAGAGCCCGUGCUAAGGUAUCUGUUGUGGUGGUUACAGACGGUCGCUUUGACCCCCGUGAUGACGACAGUCAGCUCAGGUACCUCUGCGAUGACCCCGCUGUAGUGGUGAAUGCCAUUGGGGUUGGUGACAUGUUUGACAAGAAACAUGACAGCGAGACCCUAGUGUCGAUAGCCUGCAAUAAUAAGAACCGAAUCACUGAGAUGAAGCAAUACACAGAUUUGGUCGCUGAUAACUUCAUUGAGAAGAUGGAAACAGUUCUCUGUCCUGAUCCGGUGAUUAAGUGUCCAGACCUUCCCUGUAAAACUGAACUUGAUGUAGCUCCAUGCGUUGGACGACCUGUAGACCUGGUGUUUCUUCUUGAUGGCUCAGAGCGCCUCGGGAUGGAAAACUUUGGCCAUGCCCGUCAUUUCGUUCAGAUGGUGGCAAAUGCUUUGACAAUGGCCAAGACCAGAAAUGACCUAAACGGGGCUCGCCUGGCACUCAUAGAGUUUGGCAAGGAGAAUGAAAACCAAGUGGCCUUUCUUCUUACACAUGAGCUGAAUGGUAUUGCUUCAGGUCUAUCAGGGUUAAGUUAUCUUGAUUCUUCAUCAGCAGUGGGGCCUGCCAUUUUUAAAACCAUCAAUGAGAUCUUGGGUAAAGGAAGCACUCGCAAAACCAGACGUGACGCUGAGGUUUCAUUUGUUUUCAUCACAGAUGGCAUCACUGACACCACCAACCUGGACGAGGCAGCUAAUGCAAUGCGCAGGGAACAGAUUGUUUCCACUGUGAUUUCCACAGGAAGUGAUGCGGAUGAAGAAGUCCUAAUAAAGUUGGCUAUGGGUGACCAGAAUGCCAUCUUUAAGGGACAGAGAUUUUCUGAUGUGUUACAGCCUAGUUUGUUUAACCGUUUCAUCCGGUGGGUGUGUUAGAGAGACUGUGCUCAUUGUGAGGUUCAUACCGGUGCUACAGCUCCUACUUUAGCAUUUUAAUAGUUAAUUCAAGUUUAAUUCACCCUUGUAUAAUUCUGAAAAUGAUGUUUAUGGUCAGCUUUGUACUAAUUUCACCUCAGUCAGAGAGCAGAAACAAGAAUGUACAAAAACUGAAA